AUGGGGGCAUGCCCUACUUUGAUGGUCUUUUUCAUUUCUUCACUUUUUCUUGUCCUUUCAAACCUUGAAGGUAUAAACGCCGUCGAAUGUACCGGUCUCUACUUCAACGGUAACAGCAGCUACGACCAAAACCGCCAGAAUCUCUUCUCUACUCUUGCUAAAAAAGUUGUCGAAAAUGGUGGAUUCUACAACGGUUUACUCGGCGAAAGUCCCGACAGAGUUCACGCUCUUGCCCUCUGCGCAAGAGGCUACGAGAGACAAGCUUGUAUAGGUUGUCUAGAAUCAGCGACUGAGGGUAUACUAUAUGGAUGUCAACAGCGCAAUUCGUUCACGUGGGACCAAGACGACGAAGACAAGAUUUCUUGUCUUGUAAGUUCCUCAAACCAGUCAACUUUUGGGAACCUACAGCUUACAUCUGAUAUUAGAUACGAAACUGAUCUUACUCUGGAGUCUGACAAAUCAAAAAACAUAACCCUUUUCGAAAAAGAAUGGAAUGCAAUGGCUAAUGAGACCAUUAAGGCUGCCGCGGAAGCUGAAAAUUCUUCCGUACUUAAGUACUAUAGUGCCGUAAAAGCCGAGUUCACGGAGUAUCCAAAUGUUUACAUGCUGAUGCAAUGCACACCCGACAUAACUUCCCAAGAUUGCAAGACAUGUUUGGGAAAAUGCGUGACGCUUUUUAAAGAACAGGUUUGGGGAAGACAAGGAGGCGGGGUUAAUUAUCCUAGCUGUUUUUUUAGGUGGAAUCUAUAUCCUUUCUACGGUGCUUUUGAUAAUUUAACAAGCGUUCCUGCGCCUCCUCGGCCUCCGGCUCAGAAAAAAGAGAGCUCUAUAACAGACAAGAAAGGUAAAACAAUUGAGAUUGGAGAUGGCGGAAUUAUAUCAAUAAUUGUUGUUUUUACUUUCACUAAUUUUUUGGUGUUUAUUGGCUUCACAAAAUUCCAUGCACGAAAGAGAAAAGCAUACAGAUUACUCAAUGGUAGUGCAUCGUACUCUCCUUCUGAUAGUCAGAUUAUGUUACGGUUUGAUCUUAGUAUGCUCUUAACGGCAACCAAUGAUUUCUCGUGUGAAAAUAAGCUCGGCCAAGGUGGAUUUGGUACGGUCUAUAAGGGGACAUUAUUUAACGGUAAAGAGAUAGCGGUGAAGAGAUUAACAAAAGGUUCAUCACAAGGAGAUAUAGAGUUCAAGAAUGAGGUUUCACUAUUGACAAGAAUCCAACAUAGGAAUCUUGUUAAGCUUCUCGGGUUCUGUAAUGAAGGAGAUGAAGUGAUUCUUGUCUACGAGUUUGUCCCCAACGCAAGUCUUGACAACUUUAUAUUCGAUGAGGAGAAGCGUUCACUUCUUACAUGGGAGUUGAGAUAUAUAAUUAUAGAAGGCAUUGCUCGAGGUCUUGUUUAUCUUCAUGAAGAUUCUCAGCUGAAGAUUAUUCACCGAGACUUGAAGGCAAGUAACAUCCUUUUAGAUGCAGAGAUGAACCCUAAAGUUGCAGAUUUUGGGAUAGCGAGGUUGUUCGACACUGACGUGACUGGAGUUGAAACAAAACAUAUAGCUGGAACACGUGGAUAUAUGGCUCCUGAGUACCUGAAACAUGGACAAAUCUCAGCUAAAUCUGACGUUUAUAGCUUUGGUGUUAUGCUUCUAGAGAUUAUAAGUGGUAAAAGAAACAACAGCUUCGAAGGAGAAGGCCUUGCAGCUUUUACAUGGAAGAGAUGGGUUGAAGGAAAGCCUGAGAAUAUAAUUGACCCUUUCUUGAUAAGGCAUCCGAGAAACGAGAUCAUCAAGUUGAUACAAAUUGGUUUGUUGUGUGUUCAAGAGAAUCCAACAAAGAGACCAACUAUGAGCUCUGUAAUAACUUGGCUUGGCAGUGACACCAUCAUCAUUCCAUUACCUAAUGCUUCUCCUUUCACCAGAAGUCAAUCCCAAUUCGAAAGUUUAACAAUAUUAAUCCCCGAAGAUGUCUUCACGGAGUUGAAUUGUCGUUGAGAGAUGUAAAUCAGUUAAU